AUGGAGGUCUACCGGUCAGGCAAAAUCAAGGCAAUCGGCGUUGCCAACUGGUCUAUUUCGUAUCUGGAGAAGCUUCGUAAAACUUGGACUGUUGUCCCAGCCGUGAACCAGGUUGAGCCGCACACGUUCUUCCCACAGCACGAGCUGCGAUACUACCACGUCAACAAAGGCGUCGUUGUGCUUCCCAAAUCCGUUACUGAAAAGCGGAUAUCUAGUAACAAGGAAGUUAUCUCCCUAUCGACAGAGGAAUUGGCAGUGCUCGAUGGCAUCGCUGCUCAAGGCAAGGCGAAACGCUUGAAUACGCCUCUCUGGGGCUUUGACCUUGGAUUUGAGGACCGGUAUGGACCUGUUGGGGUGAACUAG